AUGUAUUCCAAAGGGAUCGCCUCAUCCAGACCUGUCUUCCGUCGUCUCAAUCACACUUAUGGCCAGAUUCGGAUAAUCUGUGCUCGGAUAAGGCAAAAAACCCAUUUUCGCCAGUCAUGUGAACUUCGAGAGUCCUAUUUUGUCCUCAACGUGAUGCUUGUCGUGCAGAACAACUGGCGCCUGGGUUCGACUGAUUUGGGACUAAAGUGUCUGAAUUUCAUUGUGGGUCUUGAUGAAACAACGUUGGAAAGUGCAAUCCAGUUCGGAUGA